AUGGCCUCACCAUGGAAGUCCGGAAGAAACUCCAAGGACAUUGCCAACGUGAUGCAAAAACUGCAAGAUGAGCAAGAAGCAGUACAGAAGAGGACUUUUACUAAAUGGAUCAAUUCCCACUUGACAAAGCGUAAACCACCUCUAGAGGUCACCGACCUUUUCGAGGACAUCAAAGAUGGGGUGAAACUGUUAGCUCUAUUGGAGGUGCUGUCUGGACAGAGACUGCCGUGUGAGCAGGGCCGCCAGCUGAAGAGGAUCCACUGGGUGUCCAACAUCGGCACCGCCCUCAGGUUCCUCGAAGGCAGGAAGUCUGUGUACCGAGGAUCCCCGAUCAAGCUAGUCAACAUCCAUGCCACUGACAUAGCAGACGGUCGACCAUCCAUUGUCCUGGGGUUGAUUUGGACUGUCAUCCUCUACUUCCAGAUCGAGGAGUUGACCAGUAACCUGCUAGCCCUGGAGGCCCUGUCCAGCAGUACCUCCUCAGUGGACAGCAUGGCCAGUAACUCAGAGACAGGCAGUCCCGCCUUGAAGAGGGAGGUGGUACCCAAGAAGUUCCAGGGCAACGCCAAGAAGGCCCUCCUCAGAUGGGUACAGAGCACCGCUGCCAAUGGUCAGGGCAUCGAGGUAAAGGACUUUGGUGCCAGUUGGCGUAGCGGUGUGGCGUUCCACUCUGUGGUCCAUGCCAUCCGCCCAGAUCUGGUGGACAUGGAGGUGGUGAGGAGGAGGAGCAACCGGGAGAACCUGGAGGAAGCCUUCUCAUUGGCYGAGAACGAGCUGGGCAUACCACGCCUGCUGGACCCAGAAGAUGUGGAUGUAGAUAAACCAGAUGAGAAGUCCAUUAUGACAUAUGUUGCUCAGUUCCUCAAGCACUAUCCCAACCCCCACCACUCUGAGACAGAUGGACAGGAAGAAGAGAGAGAAGAACGGAAGGUUCUGAGGGAGCUGAAGGUGUGGCUGGAACAGUUGGAGAGAGACGUGCUKCAGGUGCAGGGGGCAGAGGGCAACAUCACCGACAAGUACCAGGGCUUCAAGAGUUUCCGUGUGCAGUAUGAGAUAAAGAAGAAGCAGACAGAGCCACUGCUGCAGCCGGUACACAAAGAUGGGAAGUUGUCUGUAGACCAGGCCCUGGUCAAGCAGGCGUGGGAACACGUCUCUAGCACGCUCCUGGACUGGCACAUCCAUCUGGAUAAGUCGUUGCCUGUCCCCCUGGGGGUGAUCGGAGCCUUGCUGCAUCGAGCUGAGAUCGCCCUGAGAGAGGAGAUUCCCAUCCAWCAAGCUCAUGARGAGACAGCCAAUGUGAUCCAGAGGAAGCUGGAACAGCACAAGGAGAUCCUGAAGAACUUGGAGUCCCACAAACAGACGUUCCAGCAGAUCCACCGAGACAGAUCAGUAAACGGGGUCCCUGUCCCCCCCGAACAGCUCCAAGACAUGGCCGAAAGAUUCAAUUACGUGUCCACAUCAUCUUAUGCCCACCUGAUCAAACUGGAAUUCUGGGAGAUCAAGUACCGUCUGAUGGCGUUUCUCAUCCUGGCUGAGUCUAAGCUCAAGUCCUGGAUCAUCAAAUAUGGCCGCCGUGACUCUGUGGAACUACUGCUACAGAGCUACAUUACCUUCAUCGAGGGACACAUGUUCUUCGAACAGUAUGAGACAACAUUUAAGGCACUCAGGCAAUCUGCAGAUGUCUACGUCAAGUCUGGUGGUUCAUCUGAGGAAGCGGAGGGUGUGGGUAAGUUCCUGUCGGACGCGUCGGCCCAGUGGAGGAACCUGUCGGUGGAGGUGCGUAGCGUSMGKAGCAUGCUGGAGGAGGUMAUCUCUAACUGGGAGAAGUACAGCAGUACGGUGGCCGGACUGCAGGCCUGGCUGGAGGACGCAGAGCAGAUGCUCAACCAGUCAGAGAAUGACAAACGGGACUUCUUCCGGAACCUUCCUCACUGGAUCCAGCAGCACCUGGACAUGAACGAUGCAGGGAACUUCCUGAUUGAGACSUGCGAUGAGACCGUCUCCAGAGACUUGAAGCAGCAGCUGCUCAUUCUCAACGGGAGGUGGAGGGAGCUGUUUGUUAAAGUCAAACAUUAUGCUAGAGUGGACGAGGUGGACAAGUGGAAGCAGGACUAUCAGGACUGUAUCGCUACUCUCAAAACCUUCAUGGAUGCAACCAACGACAAGAUGACUGCCCCUGUCCAAGUGUCCUUCCUGAACGUCAGGACAUUCGUUCAAGAUGUUGAGGACAUCAAGAACAAGGUCCCGGCCAUGGAGGCAGCCUGUAAGACAGCCAGCCGGACCGCCCAGCUGCUGAUCAAAGACACGCCCGCGGAGGAGGUCUCUACCAUGCUGGCUGUCAUGGCUUCUAUCAAGGAGGAGAUGAGCAAGAUUAAGGAGCRGUCCCUGCCGCUGCUACGGGAUGCCCAGUCCCUGCUGCCUGCUCUGGAGGAGAUGGAGAAGAACAUCACAGGGUUCUACCAGGCCCUGGAGAARGCCAGCCGCAUCACCUGCUCCAGGGACUCGGAGGCCCACGGGGACUUCAAACAGAAAUGCCAGGAGCUGGUGACCUUCACYCAGAGCUGUAAGAAAUGUCUGACUGUGAUAGAGAAUAACCAUCAGAGUGUCCAGAGAACCCUGGACAGCASUAAGACCCUACAGCACCUGGACAUGGCCCUGCUGCAGAAGAGAGCCGCCGACCUCCAGGCCUCCUCACAGGCAAUGAUCGAGGAGUCUACUGAGUGGAGGAAUCAUGUGGAGGUCAACAGCAGCUUAAUGAAGAGGUUUGAYGAGUCCCGUGGCGAGCUGGAGAAGGUGCUGAAAGUCGCUCAGGCUUUUCUAAAUGAGAGAGGCAACCCAGAAGACCUGCUAAAAAAACACACGGAGUUCUUUGGGCAGCUGGACCGGCAGGUCCUCGAUGCGUUCCUGAAGGCCUGUGAUGAACUGACAGACAUAGUGCCUAAGGGGGAGCAGCAGAGUCAGCAGGAGACAGUCAGGAAACUGCACAAACACUGGAAGGAUGUCCAGACAGAGGCUCCCUACCACCUGCUGCAUCUGAAGGUAGAGGUGGAACGGAGCAAGCUAAUGGUCUCCAUGCAGGAGUGUCAGUCAGAGCUGACCAGAGAGAACAGACACCUGGCUGGCAUGGGGAGUGAGAGGCUGAUCAAGGAACACAGGGACUUCUUCAGGGAGAAGGGUCCUCAGUCUCUGUGUGAGAAGAAACUACAACUGAUGGAGGAACUGUGUCAGAAGCUUCCUGACAGCAACCCAGCCCACCAGACCCUGGACAGCUCUAAGAAGGCCUACUCUGAGCUCUGGGAGGAGAUAGAUAGCACCCAUCACAAUCUGAUGCAGCACCCUGAUAAGUGGGAGGAGUUUAACACCAGGUUCUCCGAGUUGUCAGCCUGGCUUUCGUCUAAAGAGAGCCAACUCAGACUGCUCAGGAACAGAGCCAACGACCCCAGCAAGCACGGACAGGUCAAGGCCACCAUAACAGAGCUGAGGAACGAUGCAGAGCUGCAGGAGGGGAACCUGGGCUGGCUGAAGUCCCGGCUGGCUGUGCUGAUAGAGAUCUGCUCCGAGACGGAUGCACAGAGUCAGGCUGGGGCAAUCAAUAAACUUUCCACCAACUUCAAGGGCCUCCUCUCCUAUCUCACUGAGUCUGAGAAGGUGGUGCUGGCGGUGGGGGACUGUGUGCAGUUCAGGGAGGAGGUGCGUGGURCACUGGAUGAGCUGGUGCAGGGUCAGCAGGAGGUACACCUGGAGGUGACCAGGAUACUGGACUCUGAGACCGUCAGGGAGGCCCAGCAAUUGCUCCAGGUUCACCAGCAACAGCUGAAGCGUCUGCGUAUGAAGAGGAAGGAUGUGCAGCAGCAGAUCRCUAGGGGCCAUCAGCUACAGGCUGAGGAGGGGCUGGGGGAGACCUUACAGCAGGACCUACAGAGUCUGGAGACAACACUCAGCAAUAUGGACCACACCAUGGACUCACAGGAGCAGGAGUUAGAGGUGACUCUGUCUGCGUGGCAGGAGUUUGACAGCCAGCAGAGGACAGUGCAGGAGUUUGUUACCAGGGCGCUCUCUGUCAUAGACAGAGACCUGAACUUUAGCAGCCCAGAGAGCCUGGCUACUGAACUGGACCAGGCCAGGGUCCUUUUAAAGCAGAGUGAAGCAGAAGCCUGCAUGGUGAACACCUUGUUGAGGAAAGCAGCAGAGAUCCAGCUUGGCCCAAAGAACACCACCUUGCUACUGGAGCAAGCCCGCUCCCUCAGCGAACAGCUGGACAAAGUGGAGGCUGGCCUCAAGAAAGACGCCAAGGCUCUUGAUGGGAUGAAGAAUCAGUGGACUCGGUUUGGGACAGAGUUUGAGGCCUUCUCCUCGUGGAUCUCUGAGAAAGAGAAAGAGCUGGAUGCUCUAAAGUGUUCUGCUGCUCCACUUGGACAACAGAUCAACWCAGUAAAGGCGGUGGGUGUGGAGCUGGGGGACAAAGCGGAGGUGUUAUCCCAGCUCGAGGCCCACUCCCAGGCCCUGGCCCAGUUCAUCUCGUCUGGGGAGGCAGCCCGUAUCAAGGCUCGGCUCACCCAGAUYGGCAGAUACUGGGAGGAGCUCAGGGAGAGUGUGGAGCAGCUAGAAGGACAGCUGCAGGAGAGCUCCUCCACACAGCACCGCUUCAACACCAGCCUGGAAGAGGCCAAAACAACACUUGGUGAUCUCCAUAAGAAACUGGACCAUCCUGUCACUUCCUGUACCUCCUCGUCAGAGACCUACAAAUGUCUCCAGAACCACAUGGAUGUGUCCCAGAGCUUGGAGAGCCUGAAGGCAGCCUUGUUGCCCCUGUCUGCUGGGGCACGUAGACUCAGUGACAGGGAGCAGGCUGAGAGAGCAGUGGCCGCUCUACAGACCAGCUAUGACCAGAGUCUAGGGCAGGCCAAAGAAAAACAGAACACACUGGAGAAAGUGCUGUCUCUAUGGMAAAAGUAUGAGAAGGAUCGUUCUAGCUUUGUAUCCUGCUUGGAGAGAUGUGAGUCUACAUCCAAAUCUGAGAGCCAUUGCCUGCCUGCAGAUAAAACCAAGCUGGAGAGUGAGCUGCAGGACCUGCAGGACUUGCAGUCUGAGGUGGUGUCGCUGGAGCCCCUUCAUGAAGGCCUGGUGGCCUCAGGGACAUCCCUGUACCCCACCGCCCCAGAGGAGAAGGCAAGGCAGCUCAGUGAUGACCUAGAGCAGCUGAAGAAGAGAUGGAACUCCCAGAAUGAACUCAUCCCUYACAGAAUCAAGGAGCUCCAGAGCCAGCUGUUCCAGGUGGAGCAGUUUGACCAGUCCUUGUUGAAGUUCUCUCAGUGGUCUGAGACCCUCCUCUCCACCCUCCACUCAACUUCCCUGGUCAACAUCACUGACCUGCAGCCUGCUGUGGCCCAAGUCAAGGAAACACUAGCGGCUCUUCAGAAGCAGAGUGGUGUGAGGGAGAGCUUGGAGCUCCAGACAGAGGGGCUGUGUGCCUCGUGUGAACCCCAGGAUGCUCAGCUCCUCCAGGGGAGACAGGUCAGCUGCCUACAGCCCUACCUGGAGGUCCAGCAGCUGGCUGAGCUCCGACUGGACUGCUUGGGGAAGCUGGAGGCCUUCUUGGAGACCCACGGUGCGGCUGUGGGGGUACUACGAGGCUUGAGGCAGACGGUGGAGAGUUCAGGGAGCUGGGACCAUGGUCGGGUGGAGGAACUACAGAGAGAACUGGAGGCCAUCGUCCCAGACAUCAGCAGUCUGGAGACCCUGGCAGCCGGCCUGGACAGCAGCCUCUGUAAAGGCCACCUCCACAUGGUGAGCGGUGUGGAGGGGUCUGGGUCCCGGACGUCGUGCCGGGUGCUCGCUGAUGGUCUCGGCGGGGAGCUGGACACAGUGAGGAAUCUGCUUGGGACCAAGCAGAGCGAGGCAGAGGCCCUGGGAGCGCUAUGGAGCUCCUUCAGACAGAGGAAGGAACAGCUGUUGAAAAGCGUGGAGGACAUCAAGGAGAAGGCGGACCASCAGAGCCUGCGAGACCCCAGCCCACUCGCCCUGCAGCAGAGGCUGCGGUUCUUUAACCAGCUGGAGGAUGAGCUCCAGUCUCAACAACACGAGGAGCAGUGGCUCAGGGACAAGGGUCAGCAACUAGCCCAGAGAGAUGCAGAGCUGGCCGGGGAGGUUCUCAGGGAGAUCAGCCUCUUGGAAACCACCUGGGAGGAUACCAAGAGACUCAUAACUGACAGGCAGGAGCAGUGCAGUGUUCUGGUGGAGCUGAUGAGAGAAUACCAUAACCUGAGGACAUCCAUAGCCGUCACCAUGGAGAACACUGAGGCUGUGGCUGACAUCGGCUCGGCUCUGAAAGACCACGAGGAGACCAAAAAAUCGCUGGCUAAGCAUGAAGCAGUGAAGGCAGAGAUGUUGGCCAAGCAGAGUGACCUGGACCAGUUCUCCAGUAAAGGAAAACUUCUGCUGUGUGAUCUGAAGAAGAUCCCAGACUGUGAGGCUCAGCUGAUGACGACAGACAUGCAGACUCUAGUAGACCAGUGGCUCGAGGUGUCCAAGAGGAUUGAAGACAACAUUGAGCAUCUGAGCCAGAGCCUGGCGUUGUCGGAUGACGUGCAGCAGAUCAGUGAGGAGAUCGAGGGCUGGACCAACAGCUCAAUGAUGGAACUCAGUGAAAGCCUGAAUAACCUCAUUGGCAGCCAGAGAAUGGAGGCCAGACUCUCUGCGUUACAGUUGGAGAUGGGGAAGAAAGAGCACCAGCUUGUGACCCUGCAAGGGAAAGUGUCAGAACUGAAGCAACUCAACUGUAGCCAGGACACUCCCGCCAAACUACAGGUGCUGGAGGCGGACCUGAGGAAAAAGCUGAGCCAGGUGCAGAAGCUAUGUGAGCAGGCCAGGGGAAACCUCAGGGACUUCAGCUCCCAGAGAAAGCAGUUAGAGGACUACAUUACCCAGAUGUCUGAUUGGCUGAAUAGCAUAGAGCAGUCCCUGACGAGCUCACCGAUUGGAUCUGACCUAGAGGACAUCUGCAGAGUCAAGGACCUCCAGAAGGACCUUCAGAACCAGCAAGGCAGCAUAGAUUCCACCAGGGAGAGCCUGAACACUCUGUGUCGGAAGUACCCUUCUGAGGAGCUGGCUGGGCUGGGUAGUGCACUCACUGACCUCAUCAAGGGCUAUGAGUCUGUCAACCAGCUUUCCUCCAGGACCCUGGCCUCCCUGCAACACGGCCUGCAAAAACACUUCAACGACCUGGUUCGGGAGUUCCACAGCUGGCUGUCUGAGCAGAGGGAGGUAGUGAAGGAGUGCUCUGACCGAUCAGGAGACACUAGCAUCGUGCAGCGUAAACUCCAGAAGCUAAAGGGGGCGCUGGAGCGUGUGGAGGAUGGGGAGGUACGUCUGACUCAGGUGUGUGAGGAAGGGGAGAAGCUCCUGCUCCACCUCCCUAAGGCCAGCGCUGGCCAGGUGCAGCAGCACCUCUCCUCCAUCCAGCAGGACUGGGACCGCUAUGUUGAGCAGUGUAGACUCAACCAGCAGGCCCUGGAGGACAGCACUGCACAACUCAAUGGGUUUGAGGGGCGUCUGAAGAUGCUGAGUCAGUGGCUGGAACACAUGGAGCAGAGGGUGACCUCAGAGCUGCCUGAGGAGAAACACAGGGGUCUUGAGAAGGCAACACUGGAGGGGGUGGAGGAAUACCAYCAGGAAGUGCUCAAAGAGAGGGACUCUUUCGAGCGACUGUGUCAGGAGUCACAGGUCUUGAAUGAAGGUGGACGAGGUGACGGUGGUGAGACACGGGCGGCUGCGGGGCUGCAGUCUCAGCACCAGGCUCUGCUGCGAAGGGUGAGGGAAAGGCUGAGGUGCUGCCAGGUAAACCUACAGGAACAGGAGGCAUUUAAGGAGACCCUGCAGAGCACCUGGUCCUGGCUAAACGGGAUGAAGGAACGACUGGGGACCCUCAACAGUACCCUGGGGAACAAGGUGACGCUGGAGAAGAGACUGGGRCUUGUACAGGACAUCCUGCUGAUGAAAGGCGAGGGCGAGGUGAAGCUGAACAUGGCGGUAGGGAAGGGCGAGCAGGUUCUGAAGCACAACAGUGUGGAGGGACAGGAGGCCAUCUGCUCCCAGUUACAGAACCUGAAGGACGCCUGGGCCAGCAUGCUCAUGACCUCCAUGAGUUGUCACAGUCGUCUGGAAUGGACGGUAGCCCAGUGGAGUAUCUACCAGGAUAGUAAGGGGCAGCUGCAGCAGUGGAUGGAGUCUGUGGAGCAGGAGGUGGGUCUGGCCCUGGACCAGCAGCCAGGCCUGAAGGAGAAGGCCUAUCUCCUGGAGCGCCUCAGAGCCCUCCAGGCUGACGUGGAGGCCCACGCAGGACCACUGGCCAGGCUGACAGAGACGGCUGCAGAGCUGCAUGAGAAGACAGGUGACCAGGCCUUUGGACCAGAGCAGAGAAUGGAACUCAAUGCACACUUCGCUGACAUUACCGCUGUCGUCAAGGGUAAGGUUCAGGCCAUGGAGAACAGAGUGACAGAGCAUGAGCACUACUUGGAAGCUGUGAGGGACUUCAAUGAUUGGCUGGCCUCUGCCAAGGAGGAGCUCCAGCGCUGGUCUGACCUGUCAGGAGACUCCACCUCUGUAAACAGGAAACUUGUCAAAGUCCAGGAGCUGAUAGACUCCAGGCAGCGUGGCCAAGAGCGUCUGAGCCGGGUGCAGCGUUGUGGGGCUGCAACAAGGGACCACACUGGCUCCGCGGGCUUCGAGGCAGUGGAGAGGGAGGAGGCAGCCCUGCUGUCUGCCUGGGAGCAGUGGGAGCGUGGGGCACUGCAGAACAGGGCAGGCCUGGAGACUGCUCUCUCCCAACUCGCCAGCUCCGAACAGGAGUUUAACUGCUUGGCUGCUCAGCUGGAGGUGGACCUGCAGGAGUUUAGCAGUCAGCUACAGGAAUGGAGACACAGGCUCUCUCAGGCAGAGGGGAAAAACAGUAGGGAGGAGGCUGUGCAGGGCUGGCAGAUUGCAAAGGACACUCUGGAGGGUCUAGUCAAAAUGGAGCCCAUGUCAGACGGUCUGAAGUUCCAGCUCAACGGUCUGUGUCGGUUCUCCAAGGACCUGGGUACUCAGUCAGAGAGAGUGUCCUCCCUUAUCAAGGAGUACAACAGGCUGAGCCUGCAGGCCUCCAGAGAAUGCCAAAACAAAGAGAAGCUUCUGGAGCAGCAGUUCCGUGCCGCUUUCCGAGAGUUCCAGCAGUGGCUGGUCAAUGCCAAAAUCAACACAGCCAAGUGCUUUGAUGUGCCUCAGAACCUCAGCGAGGCCUCCUCCAGCCUGCAGAAGAUACAGGAGUUCCUGAGUGACAGGGAGCAGGGCCACUCCAAAYUAAAUGCUGUGGUGCUCAGUGGUGAGCUGGUGGUCAGUAUCGCUGCCAAGGACAGAGUAGACGCUGUCCAGGCCAAAAUGAGCAGUGCCAGAGAAGACUGGAAGACUCUGAUGUCCAACUUGCACCAGAGGGAGACUGCCCUACAGAACCUCCAGUCUCAGAUGAAGGACUUUGAGGCGAGUGUGGAGCCUCUUCAGGAGUGGCUGAACGGGACAGAGGUUGCUGUACAGGAGAGCAGCACACGACUCCACGACCUCACUGCCAAAAAGCAGGAGUUGCACAAGCUGCAGGAGAAGGCUUCCCGUAUCGACCGUAUCGUCACUGAGCACCAGCUGUUCUCCCAGGGGCUGAAAGAGCUGCAGAACUGGGUGGCCGACACCAGCCACAUGCUGCAGACCUACCGCACUCCCACAGCAGACAAAAAUGUCCUGGACAGCAGGAUGAUCAAGCUGGAGGCGUUGCUGACAGCACGUCAGGAGAAGGAGAUCCAGCUGAAGAUGCUGRUCACCAGGGGAGAGUCUGUCCAGAGGAACACAUCAGUAGAGGGUGUACCAGUAGUCUGCAAGAACAUCCAGGACCUCAAAGACUCCUGGGACACCCUGCUUUCCGCCUCCAUCCAAUGCAAAAGCCAGUUGGAGGGAGCCCUCUCCCAGUGGACCAGCUACCAGGAGGACGUGUGUCAGUUUGUGGGCUGGGUGGAGCGUGUUGAGGAGAGCCUGGACCCAAGAGACAAACAAUGCUCCGAGAUGAGAGACAAAACUGCCAACCUKGGCAAAGCCAAGCUUCUCUAUGAGGAGGUUCUUAGCCACAGCAGUCUACUGGACACCAUCACCGUGAAGGGAGCCAACAUGGCCGAACACUACGUCAYCCAGCUAGAGCUCCAGGACCUGCAGGAACGAUACCACACCGUCAAGGACAACACCAAGACUGCGGUGGGGAAGGCAGAAGAGCUGGUGCWGGCCCACCAGGAGUACGAGAGAGGCCUACAUGUGUUUGAGGCGUGGCUGGAGCAGGAGCAGGAGAAACUGGGCUGCUACACACAGCUAGAGGGGGAUGUGGACACUCUGGAGGAGACGCUUCAGAAACUACAGGAGCUGCAGGUCCAGUGCACGGAGGGCCAGGCCCUACUCAACACCCUGCUGRACAGUAGAGACCAGGUUGUACCUUGGGGUGUCCCCCAAAUCGAGGACCGGGUCCUGGAGACCUUGCAGCGGGACUGGAAUCUGUACCAGGGGAAGCUGGGAGACACCAGGGCCCAGCUCAACAGUGCCCUGGCCAAGCUCCGCCAGAUGGAGCAAAAGUUUCAGGGUCUGGACAGCUGGCUGAAUAGCAUGGAGAGCAAAGGUCAACUGAGGACUCAUCGCCGGUCGGACCGUGCCACCAAGGACGCUCAACUCCAACUGAUAAAGAGUUGGCAGGAGGAGGUGCUAUUGUACCAGGAGGAGGUGGAGGGUCUGAGUGUUCUAGCCCAGCAGGUCAUAGAUGAGACCCACAUCAGCAGCCGGGUUAGCACCAGAGCUACCCAGCUCACCUCCCGCUACCACACCCUGCUACUGCACCUACUGGAGAGCAUCAAGCAACUGCAGGUGGAGGUGUGUUGCAUCGAGGAGGCCCAGAAUGUGUUCAGGACCUUCUCUGAUUGGCUGAGCWCGGCCCAGAACAACUUCAGCACCAUGGCCAUCAGCAUCAGUGUAGUAGACCGUCUUACCAUGGAGAGGAAGAUGAAGACACUGGAGGCUCUUCAGGGUGACAUGGAGCAGGGCAACCGCUUCCUGAAGACGAUGCGUGAGAAGACAGAGCGGGCCGUGGCCUUCCUGGAGGAACCAGAAGCUGAGCAGCUGAGGGAGGAGGUGGAUGCUCAUAGAUCCCAGCUAGAGGGCCUGAUGGCUGGGCUACGCACGGAGCACAGCUCCCUGGAGAAAUGCAUCUCCCUCUCCAAAGACUUCCUGGACAAGUACAAGGCCCAGGCACAGUGGCUCGCUGAGACCAAGGCUUUGUUAAGCUCACCCAUCGAUCUCAAAGCUGAGCUCUACCARAAGAAGGCUCAGUUAGCCAAAUAUAAGACAAUCCAGCAGACAGUGCAGUCCCACGAGUCAGCGGUGAGGUCAGUGGUCGAGAAAGGAGAGGUUCUGCUGGAUAUGGUCUGUGACCCCACCAUCAGAGACAACAUGAACAGGUUGCAGACUGACUACCAGGAACUCUGCACUGCAGCCAAGAGCCAGGUCCAGAGUCUGGUGGAGUGGGUGAAGGAGCAUGAGUGCUACAACAGUGAGCUCCAGGAGGUGGAGAAGUGGCUCCUACAGAUGUCCAGUAGGCUGGUCACCUCAGACUCCAWGCAGACCUGCAGUAUGGAGACGGCCACACAACAACUGGCCCGCCACAAGGCAAUCAUGGAGGAAAUAACUAGUUUUGAGGAGCGCCUGACCAGUCUGAAGGAGAAAGGAGAUGACUUGGUGUYCAGCUGUACAACGGACCAGAUGCAGGCUAAGACCAGCCAGCAGGUCAAGGCUCACCAUCAGGGCACCAGAGACAGCUACUCAGCCAUCUGCAGCAGCGCACAGUGUGUUCACCAGAGUCUGGACAGAGAACUGCAGAAGCAUGUCAGUCACCAGGACACUCUGCAGCAGUGCCAAACCUGGCUCUCCACCGUCAAUGAGGAGCUACUGCUGCACUGUCAACCUCCCUUUGGCAUGCAGGAGGCCCUCAAACAGGUGAAGCACUACAGGGCUCUACAGGAGCAGGCCAGUACGUACCUGGACCUGGUGUAUUCUGUGUGUGACUUGUCUGAUGAUGCUGUGAGAGCCACUGCUGCGGAAGUCCAGCAGGUCAAACACACGAUGGAGGAGAGGAUGUUGAGCUCCCAGGAGCUAUGUGAGGGCUGGAGGGAGAUAAAGGAGCAGAAGCAGGAGCUAUCUGAUCAGUUCCAGGAUAUGGAGCAGCAGCUUCUCAGCCUCUCCAGAAGACCAGCCGAGCUCGAGACCAAGAUCGCCCUCAACAUGCUCACCCAGGCCAAGGAGUUUAGCCAACAGCUGCAGAGYAAACAAGCCACCCUAUCCAGGAUGACAGAGAGUGUGAGUCGUCUGACUGCGGGCCAGGACAGCCCGGAACAUGGGGAGAUAGGGCGUCUGAGCCAUGCCUGGCUGGGRUUGUUUCACCAAGCUAACAGGCUGCAGGGCCAGAGACAGGAGGACCUGCAGAGGAUCCAGGAGUACCACAACUGCAUCACAGCCAUGGAGGCACUGUUUGAGCAAGUGUCCAAGGAGUGGGAUAACCUGGCCAGGACUGAUGCUGAAAGUUCAUCUGAGCACUUGGAGGCGCUGAAGAAACUCGCCGUAGCUAUCGAAGACCAGAAGGGAACUCUGGAGGACCUGAAGGACCAGAGGCAGAAAGUCACCCACCACCUGAACCUGGAUGACAAGGAGCUGGUGAAGGAACAGAUCAGCCAUUUUGAGCAGCGCUGGGUUCAGCUGCAGAGCCUCAUCAACAGGAAGAUACAGGACUCGGUGCUGACCCUGGAGGACAUGGCCAAGGUGGAGGCCCGUCUAAGGGAGGCCAGGGAGUGGGCCGAAGAGCAGCAGCCAGGCCUUUCUGAAGCCAUGAAGAUGAGUCCUCCUCCAGAGCUGGCCCAAAGCUUCCUAUUCGACCACCUCAGCAUUUGCAGCGAACUGGAGGCCAAGCAGCUGCUUCUGGCCCAGGCCAUGAGUGAUGCUGACCGUGUCCUGGCUCACCUGGGGCUCAACGAGUGCCAGCGCCUGCAGCAGCUCAUCUCAGACACUCAGGCCGAGGUGGAGUCACUCAGCGUGAAGGUGGCUCAACGCAGGAAGCACCUCAGCAAGGCCUUCACUGAGAGGACCCAGUUCUUGCAGGCUGUCAACCAGUCCAUCACCUGGGUCCAGCAGAAUGAGAAGAAGGCCCAGGCGGAGGAGUACAUUGCACUGCUACCUGACGACCUGGCCAAGCAGGUUAAGKCCUGCAGGAACAUSCAGAGCAGCCUGAAGGCCUACCAGAGCGAGCUGACCUCCCUGUGGUCUCAGGGCAGAGACCUGAUGAAGGACGCCACGCAGGACGAGAAGGUGGAGAUGCUCACCAAGCUGCAGGAGCUGCAGAACAUCUUUGAAAAAGCCCUGCAGAAAUGUGUCCAGAGGCUCCAAGAACUGGACAAGGUGCUUGUCUCCAGGAAGUACUUCAAGGCAGACCUGGAGAAGACGUGUCAGUGGCUGAAACAAGCAGACAUAGUGACCUUCCCUGAGAUCAACCUCAUGAAUGGCGACUUGGAGCUGAACGUGCAGCUGUUGAAGUACCGGCAGAUAGUAGAGCAGGCGAUGGAAUAUGAAAACCUCUUACUGAUCGUCCAGAGAACUGGUCAGGAGAUCCUCCCCACUCUGAAUGAAGUGGACCACUGUUACUUGGAUGAGAAACUCAAUGCCCUGCCACAGAAAUACAACAGCAUACUGGCUCUGGCCAAAGAGAAACAGGAGAAGAUCGAGCAGGCCAUCCUAGCCAGAAAGGAGUACGCCUCCUUCAUAGACGUGACUCAUAAAGCAUUGAAAGAGCUUGAGGAGCAGUUCCAUAACUUAGGGAUGCAGCCUGUUGGUCUGCAGACAGAGGAGGUUGUGAAUUUACUGAGCGACUACAAAGCUCUUCAGGUAGAUCUGGGCAACCUUGGUCUGGCUGUCAGCGAACUGAACCAGAAGAAAGAAGGCUUCCGCAGCACCGGUCAACCCUGGAGACCUGAAGAGUUGACCCAACUGGUGAGCCUUUACAAUGGGCUCAAGAGGCUCAUCGAACAGCGGGUGGAGCAUCUCAACGACACACUGGGGUCCUUCGAGGACCACAAGGCCAUGGCCAUGCAGGUGGACUCUGAGCUAAAGGCUACCAAAGAAGAGCUAGUCAAGGUCAACGCAGAGACCSAGUCGGCRGAGGAGAGGCUGAAGAAUUACCAUGCCCUGGCCGGGAGUCUUCAGAGCGCCAGCUCUCACCUUUCCAGACUCAUGGAGCAGAUGGAUAACUUGGCUCCUCAGCUGGACAAGGCUGCCCAUGAGGCUUCCAGGGAACAGGUGGUCCUUUGGCAGGAGGAGCUGCAGUCCCUACAGUCUGCCGUGGGGGAGCUGAUAGUGGAGUGUGAGAAUAGGUUUGUCCAGAGUAAAGACUUUGAGACGGAGGUGAAGAGAACGCUGGACUGGCUGCAGCAUAUCAGGGAUGAGCUGGGCUGUGCUGUGGUAGUGGUGGACGUGAGGGUAGAAAAGGUCCAGGAAGAGAUCAGGAAACAGCAGAUAAUGCAGGAUGAGGUUCAGUCCAGGCUGAGGAUCGUGGCGGCCCUGAGCAGUAGGGAGAAACAGAAGUACACCAGCGCCAACGAACUGGUCCCAGCCCACGUUGACCUGAGCCUGGAGGAGAUGGCCAAUCUACAGGCUGAUGUACAGCAAGCAAUGAGUUUCAAACAGAUCACCCUGGAGCAGGCCUUGGCGUUGUGUCAGAAGUACCACUUCCGGAUGCAGUCUGCGUGUGAGUGGCUGGAGGACGCUGUGGCCUUCCUACAGCUGGCCAGUCUGGGGGUGGACGUAGAGAACUACGAAGAGUGUCUCCGCCAGCAGGAGGACAUCCUGGCCUCAGAGCAGAAGUUCCUAGACCACCUGCAGGAGUUGGAGGCUCUGCCCCCCCAGCUGGAGAACCUGGUUAACCCCACAGCCAAGGAACAGCUCAGACUGAAUGUGGAGUCUGCUCAGCAGAGAGGAGUGGAGGUCCGAGAUCAGCUGCAGAAUCACCAGGACGUCCUGAUCAGCUGUGUGGCCAAGUGGAAGUCUUACCAGGAGGCGAGGCAGACGGUGAUUGAACUGAUGAACGAGGCAGAGCAGAAGCUUACUGAGUUUUCCACCGCAAAGGCUGCCACCUUUCUGGAGGCCGAGGAGAAACUCAGGAGUCACAGGUCCCUGGUGUCGAUGGUGAAUGGGUUCCAGGAGAAGCUGACMGGGCUGGAGGAGCAGGCAUCACAACUGGAACUGGUGGGGAGUGAGGCCAGCAAGGCCACCAUCAGCCGCUCCAUGACCACGGUGUGGCAGCGCUGGACCCGGCUUCGCAGCGUGGCACGAGGGCAGGAGAGGGUACUGGAGGACACGGCCCAGGAGUGGAGGACCUUCAGAGAGAAGAUGGUGAAGCUGAGGAGCAUGGUGGAGGAUCUACAGAGCCGUGUGAUAGACUGUGUUGUGGAGAAGGCCUCCAAGGCUACUCUACAGUCUGUGUUGGACCAGCAUGAGCUGCUGAUCCAGGAUGUAGAGAGAGAGCUGUCCUCCCUCACCCUGCUGCGUCAGUAUGCCCUCAGCCUGCUCCAUGAUGUGGAGGUCCCUUCACCAUCACCCACCUCUGGACAGGACGAACUACCCAGUCUCAAGGAGAUCAGAGCAGUACAUGACCACCUGGAAAGUCUGCUGCAGCAGGCGCAGACCAAGCGUACCCAGGCUGGGGUGGAGCUGAGGGACAGAGAGGAGGUAGAGAAGAAUCUGAGUGUGGUCAAAGCCUGGAUCCAGGAGACCAGGGAGAUGCUCCUCAACCCCACCUCAGAUAUAGAUGCUCUGCUGCAGGAGCUGGAGGUGGUUCACGGUGAUGUGAUUGGCUACCGUCAGCAUGUGGAUAAGAUAGCAGAGCAACAGCAGAGCAAGUAUCUGGACCUGUACACCAUCCUGCCCUCAGAGAUCUCCAUGCAGCUGGCUGAGGUGUCCCUAGCACUGGGGGCCAUCCAGGACCAGGUUCUAUCCAAAGAGAAAGAGAUCCAGAAGACAAGAGACAUCAAGGAGGACAUCAGUUCCAGGAUCCAUGACGUGUCGGAGAAGAUGAAAUCCAUCUCCACCAGUCUCAAUGACAAAGCCAGCGAUGUCCGACACGGUAAAGACGAGACCAAGUGUCUUUGUGAUGACCUGGAGAGCUGUCAUCGGACUCUGUCAGAGCUGGAUGCUGCAGUCCAGGAGUUCAGCAGACGGAACCCCAUCUUGGCCAAACAGCUGAGUGAUGCCAUCGUCAAGUUAGGAGACAUCCACCACCACACUGCCAGACUGGCCGAGUGUAGGACCAUCUGGUUCAAAAAGGCAGGGACCCAUCUAGAGGAGUACAAUGAGAUGCUGGACUUCAUAGUGAGGUGGUCGGAGAAAGCCAAGGGCCUGGUGAGGGCCAACAUCAUCUGGAACUCCUCCUCUCAUCUGCAGGAACAGAUACGGAUGGACGAGUCCGUGCUGCGUGAGUCUCGAGAGCUCCAUGGGGACCUGCAGGCCAUGGGAGAGAAGGUGGAUCUGCUGUCUGAGGUGCUGCAGACGGAGAACAUGUCCCAGCAGGUGUGUGAGCUGAGCCGCCACACCGAGGAGCUCCAGCAGACCAUCAGGACACGGCUGCAGAGCCUUCAGGACGCAGCCAAGAGUAUGGAGCCUCUGGAGUACGAGGUGAAGACCCUACAAGUGGCUCUGGAACAGGUCCAAGCUACAUUGACCUCUCCUGAACUUGCCCGACAGAGUCUCAAAGAACAACUGGCCCAGAGACAGCGUCUGCUGUCRGAGAUGGMGGGCUUCAAGCAGCAGGUGGAGGCGGUGCAGCUGUGUCAGAGCGCCCUGCGYGUCCCAGAGGAGGUGAUGCCWGGCCUGGCUAUCUGUCACACAGCACUGGGCCUACAGCAGGAGGCCAGCCAGCUACAGCAUGUUGCAAUACAGCAGUGCAACAUUCUACAGGAGGCUGUUGUGCAGUAUGAGCAGUAUGAGCAGGAGGCGAAGCACUUCCAGGGGCUGAUAGAGGAUGCCCACAGGGUCAUCCAGGACCAACCCAUUCCUACCAGCAACAUCCAGGAACURCAGGCUCAGAUCCUACACCAUGAGGAGCUGGCCAAGAAAAUCAAGGGUUACCAGGAGGAGAUAGCCAGUCUGAACUCGAAGUGUAAGAUGCUGACUGUGAAGGCCAAACAUGACACCAUGCUACUCACUGUGAGUGACACGGAGGGGGCGGGGCUUACCGUGGAGGACCUGGAUGGAGACACAGACAAACCGUCUGUUCUUAUGAUGACGGCUGGCCGCUGUCACACCCUUCUGUCCCCGGUCACCGAGGAGUCUGGGGAGGAGGGUACCAGCAGUGAGAUCUCCUCUCCUGUCUGUCGCUCCCCUUCUCCCAGCACUCACACACAGAUGGGACGAGACACCCUCCCCAGAGCUCCCGUACAGGAGCUAAAUGACCCGAUGUUUGAAUCUGAGGCUAACCUAGAUGACCUUCAACGCUCCUGGGAGACCCUGGAGAAUGUGAUCAGUGAGAAGCAGAGGUCUCUCUGUGAGGCGCUGGAGAAGCAGCAGUGCGACCAGGGUUCUCUUCAGUCUAUCUCCUCUAAGAUGGAGGCCAUCGAGGCCAAACUCAACAAGCCACUGRAGGCUGACCGGAGCACCGAUAGUCAUAUGGAAGCCCAUCAGGCCGUGGUGGAGGAGGUUCAGAGUCUGCAGGAGGAGAUAGACAAGCUGCAGACCAGCUUCUCAGACCAGCUUGRUUCUGCUGCUGUGGACGACACGGCCGACCAGCUGGCYAUGCAGUCCACCCUCACUGUCCUGUCUGAGAGGAUGGCCACCAUACAGRUGAAGGCCUCAGGAGAACGACAGCUACUGGAGGAGCGUGUCAGUGACCGUCUAGAGGAGCAGCAUCAGGAGCGUGCCACUGACUUACAACAUUACCUCAUCCAAGCUGACCAGAUGGACCAAUGGGUGCUCAGCACCCGCGAAGCCCUCCGUCCCAGUGCUGAGGAGGAGCAGCUCAUAGACGGCCAGAACAUGCUGCAGGAGAUAGAGCAGAAGGUGGUGGCCCUGUCGGAGCUGACCAUGCGCAGCGAGAGCCUGCUUCUGGAGGGAAGGCAGGAGACGCGGAUGGACAUAAGGGAGGACACAGAGCAGCUGGCCAGGAAGCUGCGGACGCUGAAGGGAAGUCUGCUGGAGCUGCAGAGGAUGCUGCAGGACAAACACAUCAACAUCCAGUUCCAUGGCUCUCUGCAGGACCAGGAGGACAGUGAGUCUGACUCCACUCUGUCUCAGGGGCCCAGCCUGCAGGACUGCCUGUUCCAGGCCCACACCACACUCUCACAACACCACCAGGACAGCCUCCAGAGACAGAGGGAGCUGGAGGAGCAGCUAGCUGAACAGAAGAAGCUGUUACAGUCUKUAGCCAGUAGAGGAGAGGAGAUCCUGAUAAAGCAGGCCUCACCUAGCAGUGUCAGYAUGACAGAGCCCUUCUCUCCGGAGAUACUGCUGGAGCGAGAGACCCGGGCUGCCCAGUACCAGAUGAGACAGAGGUGGGAGAGCCUGAGGAAAGAACUGAGCACCAAGCUCCAGCUCCUACAGAAAACCCUGGAACAAGACCACAAGCAACAGAUUUACUCCAGAACUGCCGCUGGGACCCUGUUUAAAGGAGAGAUGGGUAAAACARAGGAUAAAUCUUCACUGAAGAUGUUAUAUGAGGGUUUCAGCCAAACGAUGGAGGAGAUGUCUUGUCAAACUGGGGCCUCUGAGGGCAAGGUGAUCCCCAUGGAGCAGCAUCUCUACCAGGCCGUGUCAGCUACCUSCUCCUGGCUGGAUGGUGUGGAGAACACUCUGUUCUCUGGUCCUGCGCUGCUGACAGAGAACGCUGAGACACAGCUACAAAACCAGGAGGCCUUAGGGAAGGAUGUCAGUGAGGUGACUGGGGAGGUGAGCCACAGUCGGGGUCUCCUAGGCCAACCUACAGGGCUGUGUGCGGAGGACCAGGUCCUGUUAGAGGACACACUGGACUGUUUGACAGAGAGGCUGCAAACUCUGGACUCUGCCCUGGAGCGACGCUGUGAACACAUGAGGACUAGGAUGCAGGAACUCACUGCCUACCAGACGGAGUCACAGCUUCUCCUUGCUGAUUUAACCGACACCAAGUGCCAGAUCCUUCAGACGUUGGCGGGAGCCACGGACAGACCAGGAUCCAAACAGCUUGAGGUCAUAGCUGAGGCUGAGGAGGGUUUGAGAGAGUUUGAGCAGAGGAUCACCCAGCUGAAAACAAGAGGAACAGAACCACAGGCAGAACAGAUGUCCACCAAUGAGAUGCUCAAGAUACAGGAUGCCUAUGAGGAGUUGGUGAUGACGGUGGGCUCGCGGCGUAGCAGCCUGAACCAGAACAUGGCUCUGAAGGGGCAAUAUGAGAGGGCUCUGCAGGACCUGGCUGACCUGGUGGACACUGCUCAAGACAAGAUGGCCGGCGACCAGAGGGUCAUCGCCAGCUCUGUGGAGGAAGUUCAGAUUCUCCUUGACAAACACAAGGAGUUCUUCCAGGGUCUGGAGUCCCACAUGAUCCUGACGGAGACGUUCUUCAGAAAGAUCAGUGGCCUGGUGGUUCCCAGAGAGAAGCAGGCUCUGGAGGAGAUACUGACCCUGGCCCAGGUAGUCCUCAAACAGGCCCACAGGAGAGGGGUGGAGCUGGAGUACAUACUGGAGACUUGGAGCCGUCUGGUGCCGGACUACCAGGCUCUGUGUAKRCAGYUGGAGGCAGUGGAGGGUAGCAUCCCCACAGUGGGCCUGGUGGAGGAGACAGAGGAGAGCCUGACUGAGAGGAGUUCACUCUAUCAGAGUCUGAAGGGCAGACUGAUGGAGCACAGGCACAAGCUGAUCCAGGUGCUGGAGGAGGGGAAGAGGCUGCAGCUGUCUGUGUGCUGUCCUGGCCUGGACACAAAGCUCACAGUUCUAGGGGAACACUGGCACAGCAACACUACCAAGGUCAACAAGGAGCUGCAGAGACUAGAGGCCAUACUCAAACAUUGGACCAGGUAUCAGAAGGAGUCGUCAGAGCUGAUUGGCUGGCUGCAGUCUGCUCUAGAACGUCUGGACUUCUGGAACAUUCAGGCAGCCGUAGUUCCACAGGAGAUGGAGACCCGCAGGGACCAUCUCUCUGCCUUCCUGGACUUCUGUAAAGAGGUGGAGUCGCGUUCAUCUCUGAAGAAUUCUGUGCUGACUGAGGGUAACCAGCUACUGAGGCUGAAGAGUGCUGGAACUGCAGCCCUGCGCUCUGACCUGGCCCGCAUAGACUCAGAGUGGACCCAACUACUCACACUCAUCCCAGGGGUGCAGGAGAAGCUACACCAGUUACAAAUGGAGAAGUUGGCCUCUAGGCAUGCCAUCUCUGAGCUGGUCAACUGGAUGUCUCUGAUGGAGAAUGUGAUUGGAGAGGACGAGGAGAACCUGAAAGGAGCAGUGGGGUCGACUGUCAUCCASGACUAUCUACAGAAAUACAAGGGCUUCAGAGUUGAUGUGCGCUGUAAGCAGCUGACGGUGGACUUUGUGAACCAGUCUGUKCUCCAGAUCAGUGAUCAGGAUGUGGAGAGCAGGCGCAGCGACCAGACAGACUUUGCCGAGAAGCUGGGAGUCAUGAACCGACGCUGGCAGCUACUACAGGGACUCGUCACGGAGAGGGUCCAGUUCCUGGAGACUCUGCUGGAGGCCUGGUUGAACUAUGAGAACAACAUACAGGGCCUGAAGACCUGGCUGCUCGCUCAGGAGGAGAGGCUGAAGAGGAAACCCAGGAUAGAGGACCUAACCUCCGUACAGAACGCUCUCAAUGACUGCCAGGAGAUGGAGGAGAAGGUGAAGGAGAAGGAGAGUGAGGUGGAGGGGGUGGAGGAGCAGGCCUGUGCMCUCAUCCAGAACAAAACSGACGAGGCCUGCGCUGUUGUCAUGGAGACGCUCCAAGCUGUCAAUCACACCUGGGCUAACCUGGACCACCUGAUCGGCCAGCUGAAGAUCAGCCUCGUGUCWGUGSUGSACCAGUGGAGUCUGUACAAGCUGUCCUCAGAGGAGAUGAACGGCUACCUGAUGGAGGGGAGGUACUCUGUGUCCCGUUUCCGCCUCCUCACCGGCUCCCUGGAGGCUGUACAGCUACAGGUGGAGAGUCUCCAGAGCCUGCAGGAGGAACUGGAGAAGCAGGAGGGCAGUCUGAGGAAGUUUGGCUCUGUGACACACCAGCUGCUGAAUGAGUGCCACCCRUCUGUGUCCGACUCCCUCAACAAUACCCUGAAGGACGUCAACGCUAGGUGGAGCAGUCUUCUGGAAGAGAUCUCAGAGCGUCUGAAGAGCAGCAAAGCCCUGCUACAGCUGUGGCAGCACUACAAGGAGCUGUAUGGAAAGAGCAGCUCCAGUGUCCAGCUACAAGAGGAGCAGGCUGACCGACUCCUGGAGACCGCCUGCACCAAGGACAUCACAGACGAGGAGGUCUCCACCUGGAUCCAAGACUGCAGCGAGUUGCUUCGUGCCCAGGCUCCAGUGAAGGCAUCUCUACAGGUUMUYCAGGAGCUGGGAGAUCAGCUGAAGCAACAGGUGGACACCUCCGCAGCRUCCGCCGUCCAGUCAGACCACCUCUCUCUGACCCAGCGCCUGGCCACUGUGGAGCAGGCCCUCAGCAGGCAGCUCACUACACUACAGAYGGGAGUCCAGGACUAUGAGACCUUCAGUGAGCAGCUGGGUUCCUUAGGUCGCUGGAUGGUGGAGGGAGAAGARGCUCUGAAGGUCCAGGAUCCCAACGGUUCUUCUGACCUGUCCAUCAUCCAGGACCGAAUGGAGGAACUCAAGAGACAGAUCUUGAGAUUCAGUAGCAUGGCUCAUGACCUGGAGCGUCUAAACGAGCUGGGCUACAGGCUUCCUCUCAACGACAUUGAGAUCAAACGCAUGCAGAACCUUAACCGUAGCUGGUCUGCAGCUAACACCCAAACCACUGAGAGGUUCAGCAAACUGCAGUCAUUCCUGCUGCAGCAGCAGACGUUCAUGGAGAAGUGUGAGACGUGGAUGGAGUUCCUGGUACAGACAGAGGAGAAGCUGGCCGUGGAGAUCUCUGGGAACUAUCAGAGUCUGAUGGAGCAGCWGAGAGCGCACAAACUGUUCCAGGCUGAGAUGUUCAGCCGUCAGCAGAUCCUCCACUCUAUAAUCAGUGAUGGCCAGAGGAUGYUGGCGCAGGGACAGCUGGAUGACAGGGAUGAAUUCAACCUGAAGUUGUCGCUGUUGAGUAACCAGUGGCAGGGCGUGGUGCGUCGCGCCCAGCAAAGGCAGGGUAUCAUCGACAGCCUGAUCCGCCAGUGGCAACGUUACAGGGUUAUGUCAGAGAAGCUGAGGAAAUGGCUAGUGGAGGUCUCACACCCCGCCGAGGCCCUACUGGCUGGGGCGCCCGUUCCCCUGCAGCAGGCCAGAUCCAUGCUGGACGCAGUUCAGUUGAAGGAUAAGGUUCUGUAGGGGCAGCAGGGCAGCUACAUCUUAACAGUGGASGCUGGGAAGCAGCUGCUCCUAUCUGCAGACAGCAGGGCAGAGGUGUCUCUGCAGGGAGAGCUCACAGACAUCCAGGAACGCUGGAGACAUGCCACCAUCUGCCUGGAGGAACAGAGGCGUGAGCUGGACAAGCUGAUGAAGGACUGGGAGACAUGUGAGAGAGGCAUCGAGGGUUCUCUGGAGAAGCUGAGGGAGUUCAAACAGCAGUUCUCUCAGCCCCUCCCUGAUCACCACGAGGACUUGCAAGCUGAACAGAUGCGAUGCAAGGACUUGGAGAAGACGUUUGACGGCUGGACAGAAGACCUAGCCCACCUGACGGUGCUGAGGGAGUCCCUGUCUAGCUACAUCAGUGCUGAGGACCUGUCUGUCCUACAGGAACGCAUGGAGCUUCUGCACCGCCAGUGGGAGGAAAUCUGUCACCAGCUAUCCCUGCGGCAGCAGCAGGGGGGUGAGAAGCUGAAUGAGUGGGCUGUGUUUAAGGAGAAGAACAGGGAGCUCUGUGAUUGGCUUACCCAAAUGGAGAGCAAGGUCUCCCAGAAUGGAGACGUCAGAAUCGAGGAGAUGAUCGAGAAGCUACGCAAGGACUAUUAUGAGGAGAUAGCGGUGGCCCAGGAGAACAAGCAGCAGCUGUACCAGCUGGGGGAGAGACUGGUCAAGGCCAGCCAUGAGACCAAGGCAUCUGAGAUAGAACACAAACUCAGCAUGGUGGGCGAGCGCUGGCAACACCUGCUGGACCUCAUCGGAGCCAGAUUGAAGAAGCUGAGGGAGACUCUGGUUGCAGUGCAGCAGCUGGAUAAGAACAUGAUUAGUCUGCGGUCCUGGCUGACCCACAUAGAGACUGAGCUGUCCAGACCUAUCCUAUACGACACCUGUGACUCCCAGGAGAUACAGAGGAAGCUGGACCUGCAGCAGGAGCUUCAGCGUGACAUAGAGAAGCACAGCACAAGUGUGGCGUCUGCGUUGAACCUGUGUGAGGUGUUGUUACACGACUGUGACGUCUGUGCCACGGACACAGAGUGUGAUUCCAUCCAGCAGACCACCAGGAACCUGGACCGCCGCUGGAGGAGCAUCUGUACCCUGUCCAUGGAGARGAGGCUCAAGAUUGAAGAGACAUGGCGUUUAUGGCAGAAGUUCUUAGAAGACUUUAUGCGUUUUGAGGAGUGGCUAGUGACCUCAGAGAAGACCGCUGCUCUACCCAACUCUUCAGGAGUACUGUACACAGAGGCCAAGGAAGAACUCAAUAAGUUUGAGGCGUUUCAGUUUCAGGCCCAUGAGAGCCUGACCCAGCUGGAGACGAUCAAUAAGCAGUACCGCCGUCUGGCCAGGGAGAACCGCACAGACUCCUCCUGUCGCCUCCAGGAAAUGUCCCACGACGGGAACCAGCGCUGGGAUAACCUGCAGAAGAGGGUGGCCUCCAUCCUCCGCAGGCUCAAGCACUUUAUCAUUCAGCGUGAGGAGUUUGAGACGGCCAGAGACAGCGUCGUGGUGUGGCUCACUGAGAUGGACMUGCAGCUCACCAACAUAGAACACUUCUCACAGUGUGACAUCCGAGCCAAGAUCAAACAGCUCCGGGCGUUCCAGCAGGAGAUUUCUCUGACCACGGGGAAGGUCGGGCACAUCUUCCACCAGGGAGAGGUGCUGCUACAGAAGAGUGAGCCUCUGGAUGCUGCUGUUAUAGAGGAGGAGCUGGAGGAGCUGCGGAGAUACUACCAGGAGGUGUUUGGACGCGUGGAGCGUUACUAUAAGAAGCUGAUCCGACUACCGCUGACAGGAGAAGAGUACGAUGUGUCAUUCUCGGACCAGGAGAUUGAACUGGAUGAACCUGGGGACCUGUUCAGCAUUCCCUGGAGUGAACGUCUUGRAGACCUGAGUUCCCCUCUGCCCUCCCUGACUGCCCCCCUCUGUACUGGGGCUGAGCGCUCGGGCAGGGGCACCCCAGCCAGCGUGGACUCCAUCCCCCUGGAGUGGGACCAUGACUACGACCUGAGAAAGAGGCUGGAGAGUGCCAGCAGGGCCCUGGGCCUGGCCUCUGAGCACGGGGAGCACGGAGAGGAGGGGAGCUACCAGGGAUCAGCUUCUGCUUCCGUUCUGUCAGGAGAGGGAGGUACCUGGGACACCCACAUCCUUCAGUUGGACAGGGUUCUGGAGACUAGCCGGUUACACCUGCAACAGACAGAGAACGUCAUCCGCACAGAACCCCCACCGGCCGGAGCUGGAUGCAUCAUACAUGGAUAUGUGGAAGUACUCAAGCAGAGAAGUGUGAUACAGCGCUGGGAGUUGCUGCAGGCCCAGGCCCUCAGUAAAGAGAUGCGUCUGAAGCAGAACCUUCAGCAGUGGCAGCAGUUCAACUCUGACCUCAACGCUGUGUGGGCGUGGCUGGAGCAGGCAGGGGAGGAGCUAGAGCAGCAACAGAGGCUGGACCUCAGCACCGACAUCCAGACCAUCGAGMUGCGCAUCAAAAAACUGAAGGAGCUGCAGAAGGCUGUUGACAAGCGUAAGGCCACRGUGCUGUCCAUCAACCUGUGCAGUGCAGAGUUUGUCCAGUCCGCCACAGAAGAGUCCCAGGACCUGCAGGCCAGGCUGAAAGAGAUGAACAACCGCUGGGACAGAUUGGGCACCUCUCUGGGGGAGUGGAGGGCAGCGCUACAAAAGGCCCUAAUGCAGUGUCAUGACUUCCAUGAGAUGAGUCACGGCCUGCUACUGUGGCUGGAGAACAUUGACCGCAGGAGGAACGAGAUUGUUCCCAUUGACCCCAUCCAGGACAGCAACACCCUCCAUGAGCACCACAAAACACUCCUGAAAAUCCGCUGUGAGCUGCUAGACACCCAGAGGAAGGUGUUGUCCCUGCAGGACAUGUCCCUGCAGCUGCUGGUCAACAGCGAGGGCAGUGACUGUCUGGAGGCCAAGGAGAAGGUUCACGUCAUCGGGAACCGCCUCAAACUGCUCUUCAAGGAGGUGACCAGAGACCUCAGAGAGCUGGAGAAGAUUCUGGACAUUACCAGCAGCCAACAGAAUCUGUCUACGUGGUCGUCAGCUGAUGAGCUAGACACCACCUCUGGUUCCAUAAGCCCGGUGUCGGGCAGGAGCACGCCAAGUCGCCGUCGAUCGCAACGGGGCAAAUGUAGUAUGUCACAGCAGACCUCUGGACCCUCUGUGAGCAGUCCACACAGAUCACACAGGUUYCCCGUCGCUGGGUCCGCUUCCUCCCCUUCUGAGGCAGAGGGGAAAUCAUCAUCGUCACAUUUCCUGUACCGCGUCCUAUGGGUGGCGGUGCCCCUCCAGUUGCUCUUCCUCUUGCUGCUGGUGGGCAUGGUCUGCCUGGUGCCAAUGUGUGAGGGUGAUUUGGACUGCACCCAGUCCAAUAACUUUGCCCGUUCCUUCCACCCGAUGCUACAAUACACCAACGGGCCCCCUCCUGUAUAGUCUUUCAUGACAGACCAAACAUUUGGUUCUGGGUGCCGAGCGAGAUUACAGCCUGGCCCUGGUAUGGAGACGAACCUGAGGAGGACAGUUGGGCUUUUUGAACUUCAUGACUGUUGGGGUUUUCACCUCUAUGGGUCUCUCUCCUGUUGUUUCCCCCCAAUAACAGUACGGGAACUGUUUCAAUGCUCCGCUAGUUUGCAGCUUCCAUGAAGAAUAGAGAUAUGACGUUCAGUCAUUCUGCACCUUGUGUUGCCGUGCAGAAGCAAGCAUCAUAGGAUGCCAAAACCUUAGUUAUAUCUUCUUUGUUCUGUAUGGAUGAAGUACAGCAGCACUCUUAACUUGUCUUUUCACUCGUGUCAUCUUUUAGUUUUCUGUUAUGUUGUAUGUAUAGACGAAGAAGCGUCUUAGGGGCAGCAAAUGUAAGAACCAAAAAAUGUUCUGACGGCGGUCMGUGGAUAUUCCCUGGAUACACAUGCCAUGUAUUGCCAUUUGUCCUCUAGUUCAAUGCAGAGCAUAUACCCUGUGAAUGUGCCUGUUGUAACAAUUGAACACUUGUGAAAUAACAUUUUAAGAUUACUUAUAUUGCAAUAUWAUUUUUUUUACAUGUGUUUUGGCAUGCGGUUAUGAUCUUUGCUUAUGGGUGUGUCCGUGAUGAAUAUUUGAUUUUUAAUCUGAAUUAUACCUGGGCGUAAGAAUCUAUUUAGUCUGAAUUGUGUAUUGAAUGUGUAUGAAAGGCCAUAAUGAAGAGUUAUUUGCUAUAAAGUGUUUAAAAGCAUAAGAAACAUUGACAAAUCAUGUGGACAUUUCUGAAUGAAAAUAAUGCACUGAACACACAUUGUUAUUUUUCUAGCUGAAAAUAUGGAUUCUACAAACUAACUAUUAAUCAAAAGUAUAACGAAUUAUAAAACAGUAUAUUUUCUAUCGCUCUGUGUGUUUAGUUUUAAAUGUACAACAGUCCAGGAUUACUUAACAUAUUCUGUACAUAAUAUAAAUGUAUAUCUAUAAUCUAUAUCUGACCCUAAAUUACAAAUAUUUAAUGCCAAAUUCUCA